GCGAUCUCCAAAAGCGCAGCCUUGCAGAUGCGGGGAUCACAUCCCUGCGGCCCAGUGAAGUCCCCAUGCACUAUUGCUUCAUUUGCGACGAGGCCACAGUAGGGACAUUGACAUAGACCUUGCCCAAUACUACCGUGCUGCUCUUCACGAGCACACCCGGCCUUCCACGAUGGUCACAACAUCAGGCUUCUCGAAUACUCCAGUUACGCGCUUCCUGAUCCUGUCCUCGAUCGGCACCAGCAUCCUCGCCUCAGUCCUGGACAUCAAGCACCUCCUCCCCGUCAAACCCACACCACACCUCUGGCCGUGGCUGCAGUUCUCCCGCCUUCUGACCUUCCAAGUCGCAUACACGUCGUCCGCUGAGCUAUUGUUCUCCGUCGCACUACUCUACCAGUUCCGCGUGCUAGAACGCCUAUGGGGUAGCCGCAAAUACGCCAGCUUCCUGAUCGUGUGUUUCUGGCUGAACGUCCUCCUCCUGCCGGUCGGAACUCUGUCUCUCAAAGUCCUUUCCUUCGGCGUGUACAAUUACAUCCCUCCGGGCUUGACGGCUGUGGUGUUUGCCGCGCUGAGCGCCUGGGCCGAUGAGAUCCCAAGGCUGUACCGGUACAAGAUCGUGACGACGAGCCCAACGGACGAACAGAGCAGCCCCCCCGGACUGGUCCUCAGCGACAAAUCUACAACAUAUCUGCUCGCUGCGCAAUUGGCUUUGAGCCAGUUUCCAUAUCAGCUCCUCCCUGCUGCCCUAGGUUGGACGAUCGGAAGUGCGUGGAUGGGCGAGCUGUUGCCUGGCGGCUUAGGUAGAUGGAGAAUACCAAGCUGGAUGGUUGGCGAGUCGAGUAGUCGCAAGGAACGGGGUCAGUACGAGGGUUUGAGGAGACGCCUGGAAGAGGAGGGAAGUUCAGCGGACGGAAUGAGGAAUGUCAGUGAUAACGUGGCUUCUGUGCCGGAAUCUAGAAGAGGGUUUGGGAGGCAGAUUUUGGGAUACUUCACCGGGUCAUGAAUGCGAUUGAUGUGCUAUGAGGAGCAGACGGAACGGAGCAUGCAAGCACUGUUACUAUACAUACUACAAGCAUGAAGAGCGCGUUGAAGUAUCUUUAUAGCCUCAGCUGCCUUAUAAUACAUGGUGAAUCAGCUUUCCACCAGCGACAAACCCAGCCCUUGUGGCCUAUUCCGUAAAUUUUAGAUCUUGCCCUGGCGAGCGACAUAUGUG